AUGAACAUGGCAUCCGCUCCAUUAGCCCGCUUAAGGGUAAUGUAUCUAGUAUUCAUCAAAGGUGACUUUGAUGCAAAGUACAGCAAUACCGUGAUCCGCGUUAACAUCGCCUCAAUGAUUCCGAAUUUUUGCGUGUUUGCCAUUUACAUACCAGAUCAGUACUUUUAUAUCCCGGGAUUAGUCCUGAGACUGCUGCUCCUGAUGGCGAUCAUUGAAAUGAUGUACUAUUGUUUUAGAUUGAGGAAAACAAAAUUGCUGCGUGAUCAGUAUGGCGAUUUAUUGUCCGCAUGCGGGCUCUCCUUAAUAGCAGUCGUCAAUGUUGCUUCCGCGCUUGUCAAUCUAGACCAUUCAGCCCUAGCCAUAGACCAGUUCAAUGCCGUCAUGGUGGUUGUUUGGGUAUUGAAUGGGGAGCUGAUCGGACCUACAGUGUACCAGACUUUUGUUGAGUUUCUGCAGCGGAACAAUCGAAUGAAGUACAACAACGGUAACGUGAGCUUUCAGAUAAAUAAGCGAAAUGAACGAACGGGAUUGCAGACAAUCAUAGACGACGACCGACUGUAUCCCGCGCUUUUGGCGAUGGCAUGGGAACGAUACUGUGAGGGGAACAUACUCUUUCUUCACGAUGGUUUACGCCUGUGUGAAUCGCUCAAGGCUUGUCAAGCCAAGGCAAAUGGACAGAAGCAAAAUAGCGACCCAAUAUCAUUCUCGAUAGAUAUCGGUCAGAGCCAGGCCAGCACGUUCGAACCCGCCGUGCCCAUGACACGAAGUGAUUGGAGUAGUACCGCGAUAUACAAGAAACAGUUAACGACGGAAAAACGCUCAGCACACACGGCUCAGAGGCUGUACCCUCGGUCGGCACCGCAAGUGUGUCCUCGGUCCUAUGCGAAAUUAUGCCACCGUGCUUGUGAUGCGCCGACGCCCGUUAACUUGACCAGCGCGCAGAUAAGUGCACUACAACAAGCAAGGUCAUUGGAGUGUUUGAAAAAAAGCGAUACUGAUAUCAUCUUGAACGUGCUCGUGUUGAGUCUGGCGGAUGUGCAGAUGCUCUUCGAAGCAUCUGGUGUAUUGGCGACUUUCGAGCAGAGUGAGGCUCGAGCUAUGAUUCUAGGUGAGAGGGAGGCUGUGAUCAGACUGGGAAUAGAGACAGAGAGGCUUGAAGAUGUUGAGAGCAUACCCGAUUGA